AUGUCUUCCAUCAUCAUCGAAAUCCCCGAAGCAAACCGCACAACCUCCAGCAUGCUCGAUCUCACAGGCAUCGCAUCCACUCAGGAUGGCGUCGCAACACGAGGUGGCGUUUCGACUAGGCCGGCCAUCGCCGUGUACUCCCGUCAGCGCGUCAACGCAACGACAAACCCGGCCGAAAAUUCUGCCGAACUCCCAGUCGGGAUCAGAUCCGAAGGGGAGACCAACCAGGGAGCGGGGCGAACUCAAGUAGAGUUAGUCAACCUCGACACAGAGCUUACCGGUGAACAACACCGCAACGAGGAGGCUGCGGGCGUCACAGAGCAGCAGCUCGACGCACAGAACGGAGAUCUCCCUGUUCAUGCCACACCUGCGAUCCAGAACCCGCAGGUCAUCUCCAUGGAGGAUUUCAAGAUCUUGUUCGGCUCCAUGACGAAAGAGAUUUACCAGAUGAUCUCCGAUACCAAUCGCAGGGUCGACGCCGUAGUGACCCAGACAAACCCAUCACAAGUCUCUGCCGGACAAUCGCCUAACUUGGGCGAUAUGGUCGGGAUAAGCCCCGAAGUCAUGUGCCAUAGGCUCAACAUCGACCCCACAUUCAAGCCGGUCAGGCAGAAACGCAGGCGUUUGGGCCCGGAUCGAGUCAAGGCGGUCCAGGACAAAGUCGAACGACUACUCAAGGCAGAUCAAAUAGUGGAAGUCCAGUACCCUGAUUGGUUGGCUAACCCGGUGGUGGUCAAAAAGAAAAACGGCAAGUGGAGAGUCUGCGUGGAUUUCACCGACCUCAACAAAGCUUGUCCUAAGGACAGCUUCCCUUUGCCGCACAUAGACCGUCUCGUUGAAGCUACGGCCGGCAACCAACUGCUUUCAUUUAUGGAUGCAUUCUCAGGGUAUAACCAGAUCGCCAUGAGUCCGGCCGACCGCGAGAAAACGGCGUUCAUCACAGAUAGGGGCACCUACUGCUACAAGGUAAUGCCGUUCGGAUUGAAAAACGCCGGAGCAACCUACCAGCGAUUGGUAAACAUGAUGUUCGCGGAUCUGCUCGGCAAAACCAUGGAGGUCUAUAUAGACGAUAUGCUGGUCAAGUCUUUGAUCGCAGAACAGCACGUCCAACAUCUGACGGAGUGUUUUGACAUCUUGGAUCAAUUCCAGAUGAAAUUAAACCCAACGAAAUGUACGUUCGGAGUAAUCUCCGGAGAGUUCUUGGGGUUCAUCGUCACUGAACGGGGCAUAGAAGCAAAUCCUAAACAGAUCGAAGCCAUCCUGGGACUACCUUCACCGACCAACAAGAGAGAAGUACAACGCCUGACCGGCCGGAUCGCCGCUCUGAAUCGUUUCAUCGCCCGAUCAACGGACAAAUGCCUCCCCUUUUAUCAAUUGCUGCGCGGAAAUAGAGAUUUUCAUUGGGACGAGGAAUGCGAGGUCGCCUUUCGUCAGCUGAAGGAGUAUCUGACUUGCCAUCCAGUGCUGGUCAAACCGGAGGACGGCGAGGCGUUGUACCUCUACGUCUCGGUUUCAAGCUCGGCAGUCAGCGGGGUGUUAGUCCGAGACGAUCGCGGAGAUCAAAAGCCCAUCUUCUAUACGAGCAAAGCACUUAACGACGCGGAAUCACGAUACCCCACGCUGGAAAAACUGGCCCUUGCGGUGAUCAUCGCAGCACGGAAACUACGCCCCUAUUUUCAGUCGCACUCUAUCGUCGUGCUUACUGACCAACCACUCCGAACCAUCCUCCAUAGCCCUCUCCAAUCCGGACGCAUGGCAAAGUGGGCGGUCGAACUUAGCGAGUACGAUAUCGAAUACCGUUCUCGACCAAGUCUGAAGUCGCAAGUUCUGGCUGACUUCAUCACCGAACUAUCGCCUGAGCUCGACGACCCCACCCCCGCGGUGGAACAAUGGACAAUGUUCGUCGACGGUUCGUCAACAAGUCAUGGCUCUGGGGUGGGACUCAUCCUUCGAUCCCCCACCGGUGAGAUCCUUGAGCAAGCAUUGAAGCUCAACUUCAAAGCGUCGAACAACGAAACCGAAUACGAGGUCGUUCUCGCGGGACUCCGUUUAGCCCGGGGACUUGGAGUCAAACACCUGCAGUUGGUCCACACGUUAUCCGGGGAGUUUGCGUCUUUCUCUCUGACAAAGAUCCCACGGAACGAGAAUGCAUCAGCCGACGCCCUCGCAGCCCUGGCAAACCGCUCCGACCCCGAGCUAAGACGUACCAUUCCAAUCGAGUGCAUCGAUGCUCCCAGCAUUAAUCCGGACAGCCAGAUUGUCGUCAUCAACGACAACUCAGUCCCGAUGGAAGUCGAUGAGCCAAUAGAAGAUCUGACGGAUGUCGCCAAACCCCCGGAGGAUUGGCAACUUGAGAUCAAACUUUACAUCUCCGAUGGUAUCGUCCCGACAGACCGAUGGGCAGCUCGACGACUGAUGGCCCGAAGUGCCAGGUAUAUCCUUUUGGACGGUGAGCUGUUUCGCCGAAGUGCGUCAGGAGUAUUCCUUACCUGCGUUACUCGGGACGAAGCCGAACGCAUCAUGAUGGAGGUGCAUGAAGGCGAGGGUGGCAACCACUCUGGCGGACGCGCACUUGCUCUUAAAAUUAAAAAGGAUGGUCACUAUUGGCCUACCAUGAUGGCCGAUUGCGAAACUUUCGCGGCCAAAUGCGAAGCUUGUCAGCGCCAUGGACCAAUGCGGCACGUCCCGCCCGAACUGCUAAAUACCGUGACAGCUCCGUACCCUUUUAUGCGCUGGGCCAUGGACGCCAUAGGNUCAUAG